AACAGCCAGUGCGAGGACUACUGCACACUGUUCAUAUGGCCGGUGUUGGUCCGCUUCACCCGUAACCCCUUCCAUUUUUAUAUCUUAGAAGAGAGAAGACGAGUGGAAUUCGCCUCUCGAAAUGGCGCAGAUCCCGAAUCUCGAUAACGCCCCUGUCAAUUUCACGGCGCUCAGAGAGCGUUCGCAGAAGGAGCUUCUUAACGUUCUUAAGAAUGUUCGCGGGAAGAAGUGUCUCGUCAUCGAUCCUAAGCUCGGGGGUUCACUUUCACUGCUCAUCCAAACUUCUCUGCUAAAGGAGAAUGGCACAGAAUUGCGGCAUGCUGAACCUGUUCAAACAGAAUGCUCCAAAGUCCUGUAUCUUGUUCGUCCUCAGCUGAACUUGAUGAAGUUCAUUUCAUCCCACAUUCAGAAUGAUGUUUCAAAAGGGCUGCAGAAGGAGUACUAUGUUUAUUUUGUCCCACGUCGCACAGUUGUUUGUGAAAAGAUUUUAGAGGAGGAGAAAGUCCAUCAUUUAAUUACUUUUGGAGAGUACCCCUUGUACAUCUUGCCAGUGGAUGAAGAUGUUUUAUCAUGUGAACUUGACCUAGCUUUCGGGGAAUGUGUAAUCGAUGGUGAUACAAGUGCUCUUUGGCAUGUUGCAAAUGCCAUUCAUAAACUAGAGUUUUCAUUUGGAGUUAUACCUACUGUCCGGGCCAAAGGAAAAGGAUCAGCAAAAAUUGUUGACAUUUUGAAUAGUUUGCAAGUGGAAGAGCCAGUGAAUGCUUCUGAUAUGGGGACUCCGGAGAUAAAUAUGCUUAUCUUGGUUGACAGGGAGGUGGAUAUGGUGACACCAAUGUGCUUUCAAUUGACUUAUGAAGGAUUAUUGGACGAGAUAUUACAAGUGAACAAUGGCGCAGUGGAGGUAGAUGCUUCUAUUAUUGGAGCUCAGCAAGAAAGGAAUAAAGUUAAGGUUCCACUUAAUUCCAGUGAUAAAUUGUACAAGGACAUUCGAGAUCUUCACUUUGAAGAAGUUGUGCAGGUUCUCCGUGAGAAGGCAACUUCAAUGCAGAAAGAUUAUACUGAUGUAAAAACCACUCAGUCACAAUCUGUGUCAGAGUUGAAGGAUUUUGUCAAGAAAUUAAAUUCUUUGCCAGAAAUAGCUAGGCAUGUAAGUCUUGCUCAACAUUUGCAAACUUUUACUUGCAAGCCAUCAUUCCAUUCCCGCCUUGACAUUGAGCAAACUAUUCUGGAAUCGCAGAACUUUGACCUUUGCUUUGAGUACAUCGAGGAAAUGAUUCACAAGCAAGAAUCAAUGAUAAAUGUAUUCCGUCUGUUGGUCUUACUUUCUGUCACCAAUAAUGGUUUACCAAAGAAAAACUUUGACUAUUUGAGGAGGGAGAUCUUGCAUAGCUAUGGAUUUGAGCAUAUGCCCGCACUAUAUAUUCUCGAAAAAGCUGGGCUAUUCAAGAGACAAGAAUCAAAAAGCAAUUGGCUCGUGAUUUCAAAAGCACUCCAGUUGAUAGCUUCCGAGUCCGAAGCUUCCAAGCCUGAUGAUAUUUCAUACAUUUUUUCGGGAUAUGCACCUCUUAGCAUCCGUAUUGUCCAACAUGCAAUAAGAUCCGGGUGGCGGUCAAUUGAUGAAAUAUUGAGGCUUCUUCCUGGACCACAUGUGGAUUUGAAGAGAGGUGGCUCAACCAAUAGUUCCCCGUUUGAUAACGUUCCCGGUGCUCAAUCAAAUAUUGACAGGGUUGCUGAUGGUCGUCGUGCUUUAGUAUUAGUGUUUUUCGUUGGAGGCGUAACUUUCGCAGAGAUAGCCGCUCUUCGUUUUCUGAGUUCGCAGGUUCUGCACCUCUUACCGAAACUCCGUCCCUUAAUUUUUUAUUUACAUACGCAGCACACAAUUCUUAUGUAAUUACAUAUCUGAACC